AGUCCGAACCCGGAAAUUAUGACAAGAUGGCGGAACACGAAAGUAGCAGCAACGUUAGACAGCAACAAAAUACAGACGCAGAACCUCCAAAAUUAUCCGACUUGUUAGACCGCGGUUGGAAAAUAUUUGAAGAGGUAGACAGUACAAAUGAACCCCUGGGCUCGAACAGUAUCCAGGUCAAAGUGAAACGCGGAAUCGGGAUGUUGGAGGAAGCGUCCAGAAUGGUGGCUCAGCUCGUCCUGUUCAGCCGCAAUGAGGAGCUGGAGGAGGUGACCACGGCCGACCUGAAGUACCUGCUGCUGCCCGCCCUGCUAGGAGCACUGACCCUCAAGCAGACCAGCCGAGAAAAACGACUGCAGAUUGUCCAAACAGCCAGGGCCUACUUUAUGGAUUUUUUAAGCAGAUGUAAAGACUACAACAUAUCACAGUUUGAACUUCCAAAGGCAACAAACGAUAACACGAAUCACGACGAAGCGGUACAGAGCGGGCUGCCAGUAAAGAAGCCUAUAUCCUCUUCGUCAGAUCUGGUUUCCAUGGCAGCACAAAGACAAGCUAAGAUAGAGCGCUACCGUCAGAAGAAGGAGCUCGAAGCCCAACUGUCAGAUGUUAAGAAGGCUGUGGAGGGUGGGCAGGCAGACGAUGAAAUCACAAGGGAUUUUUACCUUCUCAACAUGCGGAAAUGGGUCACUGUGAGUUUAGAGGAAAUAGAGAGCAUCGACCAGGAACUGGUGAUUCUAAAGAACAUGGAUGGACUAAACCAAGGAGCUGCCAGUCCAUUGACUCAGCCACCCAGGGCCCCCAUGAAACCUUUCAUCCUCACCAAGGACGCUGUACAGGCACGGGUUUUCGGCGCCGGUUACCCCAGCCUUCCCACCAUGACAGUAGACGACUGGUAUGAACAGCACAGGAAACAUGGAGUCCUGCCUGACCAGGGCGUCCCCCAGAGAGUUGUUGUGGAGGAGGACACCGAUGCAAAGGAGCAUGAAGAAGAAGAGAAGGAGAAAAAGGCUGAAAAUGAUGAUGAGGAAGCUCUGAUGAAAGCCAGAAACUGGGACGACUGGAAAGACACUCAUCGUAGAGGCUAUGGAAACCGGCAGAACAUGGGCUAACUGAUCCAGGCACAGCCUUGGUGACAUUAGUCCUGGCGCCAUCUUAAGUUGUCAUCAGCCCAACCAAUGGAUGCUAUUUAGAAGUCUGAUUCUUGAAAUUGUUCUGUUGGUUAUGAAAGUCAGCAAACCAAGACACACAGCAGAUUGUCAUUUGACAGAAGGUGGAUACUGCAGUUUAUUUACUCCUGUUACACUCUGUGUUGUUCAUGUUGAAUUCCAUAGUAAUGCCAAUUCAGCCGCUCUGUGUAUCUCCCAAUGCCAAUAUCAAAUAAAGGAAGUUAUUCCAUAUAGGUUUACAAGAUGAGGUUUAAACAGAGUUAGUGAGUACAGAAUAUGUUGACACUAACAUGAACAGGAUGUUGGUUCUGUCUUUUAUGUCACACCAACAGGAAAGACUCUUACUAAACACACAACAAUAAACACAACAUGAUGGAAGUUGUCAAGAACCAAAAACACAUUAAAUUGUUUUCUUGAGACAAAUCUAUAUCAUGGUAUUAUUUCAAGAUCAAAGGAAGUCAGUAGUUCUAAAGGUUCAGUGCGGACAUUUUGGGAGGGAUUUAAUUUAGGGGUGCAUCAGUACACGUCAUACCGAUUGGUACACCCCUAGUGAUUUAAUACGAGCAUGUAUUGCGGUACAGCUCAUUUGUCAUUUUCAAAUAACAUUUCUGGACAACUUGUGUUACAUUAGAGCUUUGCAAGACUUACUUGACUUGCGGAAUUCUGCUGUCAAUGGAUGGAGCCGGACGCAGAGCCUGGCUGUGCACUGCACCCAGCCCGUUUGACUUUAAGGGAACUCAGAUCCAGUUCCGAGUAAAGACUCACCAUCAGCUCCCAGUUACAUUUUAGCACACAGCCAGCCGGCGUCUGCAUCUGAACCAUAUCAUGAAUCGUGACUCAAGAACCACAAUAUGUACUGAACUGUGGAUAACCUAUACCAUUGCAUCCCUAAUUUAACUACAGUAUGAAUUUAGUAUUCCUAAUUAUGUCUUCAUUAGUGUGAAGUCAUUCUGUCUCUUUAAAGGUACUAUCUCCAGAGGUCAAACCGCCAGAACAGAUUUCCUCUUCUUUUUUUGUUUCAAAGCAGGUGACAUCCAGUGAUAAUAUUCAGUUGUACUCAAAAUUAUUCAUACCCCUGCAAUUUAUUGUGAUGAAAUGAAUGAAUUUCGUCAAGUUUGUUCGUGAUUUAUAUGUGAUGCACAAGUGAUGAAAUAACAACAAAUGAUACUUGAAGAAAUUCUUUAUUUCUGGAGUAUUUGGGAUUUCCAAAAAAAACACCAUCCACCCGGACCCAGCUGGAGGCUUUGGCCAAAGAAGAGUGGACCAAAAUCCCAUAGGAGACAUAAGAGAGCCUGUGGACACUAACAGGAACCAUCAUCAAGAACAAAGUUUACUCUGUUGACUAUUAAGAAAAGACAUUGGACUUAGUAAAUCUAGGGUAUGCAUAAUUUUUAACUUGGUGUUUUUUGGAAAUCCAUUAUUGAAAUACUCCUGAAAUAAAGUAUUUCUUGAAGUAUCAUUUGUUGUUAUUCCAUCACUUGUGUAUCACAUAUAUGUCACAAACAAACUUGACGCAACUCAUUUAUUUCAUCACAAAAACAAAAAAUGUCAGGGGUAUGAAUAAUUUUGAGGACAACUGUACAUUUCCAUCUUCUACUGUGUCCCAGUGUCCACCAGAGUUAUUAUCCUCUUAACCGUAAAAAUCAGAGCAAAAUAAAUAUAUUGGGAGGCCUUAUGCAACUUUCAUUUUCAUGUGCAGGAGGAAAAAAUGCAAAUUAGUAUGAAUAAACUUUAAGGAAACAAAGAGCA